CAACACUGCAACCUGAGACGGGAUAGCCAGCCAGUUGGCUAGCUAAGUAAACCUGCUAAGUUAGCUACUCCGCUAGCCCACGUAUUAACGAACUGUCACGACUCGAGUACUAACCGUUUACACUGGCUUUAAUUUUUGUUUCGAAGUCGUUUCGACAGGGAAAAAGCUCAAACUGACUUUCCUGUUUGGCUCCUUCAACUCCCUCCUCCUGUGUGAUAUGACAUCGCUCCUCGGUUACAACAAAACCCAGAGCUCUACAGCAGACGGUUGACAUCUGGUCAGGUUCUGUUGAAGAGGAUGGCUGCUCAGGUAGAAGUUCAGGCUGGGGAGGUAGGGAGGACAGGAGUGGGAGGACGACUUCACCUGAGUCCUCUGACUGACUCCAGCAACAAGAGCCUUAUCGAGAUCCCCUCCAUCAACCAGUCCCAUAUUAUCUCUUCUGAGCCUAAUAAACCUGUACCAGGCCCCAAGCCAAGGCUCAGCCCCAAGCCUUUUUCUGUGGAGAAAAACCCCACCAUCAAACCCAUACUUGCCCCCAAACCCCAACCUAAACCUCGGUCAGAGCCCAACCACCUCCCUGGACAGAAACCAGAGCUUCCAAGCAGUCCCAAACCCCCACAAUUGGCUGACACUGGCAAACCAAGACCACUGUCAACCAGUCCAAGCCAACCAAUCACCUUUACUUUUAAAACAUCUAAUAAACUGAGCACUGGGCAAACAACCAAACCAGUUGUCCAUCCAUUUAAACCAGCCCCUCCUCUUAUCUCCGGAGACCCCAGCAAACCCAUUCCACCUGUACCAGCAUUAAGGCAGAGACCCUCUUCAUCAAGCCAAGCUUAUGCCAAGAGCUUUAGAAAAAUUCCAGCUGCAGAGUGGUCUGGAUCCACAAAAAACGAAGAUGAAAAGGACCAAAUAAUAUCCAGCAAAGGGGGCACCUCCAUCGCAAGAGCCAAGUCUAUGGGAUCUCUCGAUUUAGUGGGGCAAGAGGAAGAAGAAAAUAAAAAAGCAAAACCUGAAGCAACAGUUCCGCUCAGACCUCAGCCCAGAGGCUCCAGGCCCAGACCUGUAUCUGCCAUUUUUCUUGAUAAUCCAAACAAGACAGAGGCACCAGUUCCUACCCCUCGCUGGACUGGAAGACGGCCACUAUCAGCUGAUCUUACGGCCAAAUUUGAGUCUAUAGGGCUUUCACUACAUCGUAAACCUCUCAAGGAAAACACUAAAGAAAACACUCCAGAAGAAAAGGCACUACCACAGAAGAAAGAGAUGCAGAAAACUCCUAAGAGUGCCACACCACAAAAUGCUGGUGUUGAAGCUACACCCACUGUCUCAGACCAAAGCAAUAAAAAGUCAGAAGAACCAACAGUGAAGGAGCCCAGUGAGGAUAAGCCUGCUGUCAGCAUCAAGAAACGAAUCAGUCUCCUCCUCGAUUCAUCCUCCUCUCCUGGUGCAGGCCUGUUGUCAGAUGUUCACACUCCAGUGCACCCGGUCCCUGAUACCGAACCAGCAGUGGGUGUUAAACAGCUAAUCAAGCAGCUGACCGAGGACACAACACCAACACAGAGCCCUGUCCCCAAACCCCCACUGAAGCCACGUCCCUUACCCCUUGACCUAACUAAAAGGUUUACAUCCGAGAGGUCGUCAGACUCUGGCAGUGAGGCAACAGACCGCCAUGACAUCAGCAAAGAUCCUCAGGCGAGGACUGGAGAAGCAGCCACCCCCAGUGACCAGAUAACAUUUGUGGAUUUAAAAGACUCCCAAGAGUCCCUCAAAAAGGCAUCUAUAGAGGAAGGGAUGGAGGCUGAACAAAUGUUUGGCACCUCUACCAAGGAUAGUGGUGCUGGCAGUGAUAUACAGAAAGUGAGAGCAUCCCUGUUUGAAAAUGUUGUGGAGAGGCACAGUGUGAUGAUGGUGGAGGAGAGCAAACUGCUGAACAAGGACAAAGAUUCACUCCAGAGUCCUUUAUUAAGGAGAGAAAGUAGUGAUGAGGGAACUCUGGUCACAGCCACGUACAAAGAGCCUAUGUCUCCAUCAAGUCCUCUGCGGGUGCUGCAUGCCUUUGACACUGUGCAGGCGGUGGAUGAAAGCAAGGCAGUGAGUGAGAGCCUCCCAUCAGCUCUGAGAGAGGAUAAGGCUAUGACGCUACGUUCCAGACGCUCAGGAGGGAACGUGACAAUGGAAGAGAGAAAUACUGGACCAGGAGGUGCAGCGGUGAUGCCAGAACAACAGCCAAGAUAUCUGAGAGUUGGAGCUUUGCCUAAAUGGAGCGUUACAGGCCUUGAACAAGACCCAAGUCAAGAACCACAACUGGAGGGACAAGUGGCUUUUAAUAUGGACAGAGACAGGCAGAGAGAGGCAGAACAGGAGGAAGUGGCUGCAUCCCCUAAACGUUUGAAAAUGGUACCAACAGAAGAACAGCCCAAACCCAGGGCGACUUACUUUGCUUUAACAGGACAAAUACAGGAGCCGGUUUCUCCAAGCGUAGACACGAGUAUGCCCUUUGAUGAUUUAUCUGUGAGGUCUGCUCUGGGUAGCGCUCAAGGAAAGAUUCUUCCAAUCAAGAGAAAUCCUUCGUUAGAUGAAGCUUUUGGGAAAAGCUCCCAUGACCAGGCUGAGGAGUCGAUGAUAAAGAGUCAUAUGUCACAUGAAGAGAUUAGAUCUGGAGUUAACAGACAGACAAUCGAGGAAAUGAUGGAAGUUGAAAAGAAAAGAGAACUGAAGAAAGAGGCAGAAAGACACAAGGCAAAAAUGAAAGAGCUUGAGAGGGAAAAGCAAAGGCAGCUGGACCUAGAGAAAGAAGCACAUCUAGAAUUUGAGCGAAUGAAGGAGAGGGAGAGGCAAAGAGAAUAUGAACGGCAACGACAGAAAGCGUAUGAGAAGGAGAAACAAGAAUUUGAAGAGAAACAGCGUGCACUGGAAAGGCAGAGGCAGAUAGAGCUUGAAAAUCAGAGACUGCAAGAAUUGGAGAGAGAGAAGCUGGAAAGAGAAAGGCAACGUAAACUUGAGAAAGAGAAACGGCGAGAAUUGGAGAGACAAAGAAAGCUUGAGUUGGAGAAACAGAGGGAGCAGGAAAAGGAGAGACAGCGGGAACAGGAGAGGCAAAGACAAAGGGAGGAAGAGAGGCAAAGAGAGCUUGACAGGGAAAGACAGCUUCUGGAAAUGCAAAAGGAGAAGCAGAAAAUGGAGGAGCUGGAGAGGAUAAAGGAGGAGGAGAGAAAACAGAUCCUAGAGUUUCAAAGACAGAAACAGAAAGAAAGGGAAAGACUGCAGAUCGUAGAGAUGGAGAAGCAAAGGCUCAGAGAGAAGAUGGAAAGAGAGGAGGCCGAGAAGAUCAAGCAGAUGGCGCUAGAGCAGGAAAUGCUACGACUGCGAGAGCUUGAAAAAGAAAGGGAAAGACAGCAGGAGAUGGAGAGGGAGCUUGAGAGGGAAAAGCAGAGAGAGUUGGAGAGACAGAGGCAAAGAGAGUUAGACAGGGAGAGACAGAGACAGCUAGAUAUGGAGAGACAGGAAUUAGAAAACCAGAGGCUGAGGCAACGAGAACUGGAGAAAGAAAGGCAGAGGAAGGAGGAGAUAGAGAGAGCUAAAGAGAUGGAGAAGAGACAGAUGAUGGAGUUUGAGAAGCAGAAGCAGCUAGAGAAGGAGAGACUUCAGAUUUUGGAGCUGGAGAAACGCAGACUGAGGGAGAAGAUGGAGAAGGAGGAGGCAGAGAAAUUGAGACUGAUAGCCAAACAGCAAGAAGCAGAGAGGCAGAGACUGAAGGAGAAGCAGAAGAAGGAGGAACAGGAGAGGGCAGCAGCUCUUAGGCCUAAAGUGGUAGACCUAGACUCGGUGCUCCGAAAUGACCCCUUCGCAAAGUCUUCCUCUCAGCGCAGCGACCCUUCAACACGAUGGAAAGAGCCAUCUCCAAGACCUGAAGAGUCUUAUAGACCAGCCAUUCUUGACAUAGACUCCUUCACAUCACAAGCCCAGCAUUCUCCCAGUAAGGACUUGUUUCCUGUUUCUGGUGUCCAGAGUGUAGAUACUGGGUUUGGAGCUAGAUUACAACCUUCUCCUGAGAAGGAUGUCAGCUGGAAAGUGCCAGCGCAAGCUUCAGUUGGUUACACAAAUCCAGUAUGGACGACGUCUCCUCAGGACCCAUGGGAGAUUAGGCCCAUUGAGAUGUCUGUGGACAAACCAAUGGCUGAAUCCAGAAAAUCUUCCAGCAAAAUGAGCCCAGAGCAGCUCCUCCUCAGAAUGCAGGAAGAACGGGUUCAGCCUCCACAGAAGAACUGGACCAUGUUGGAUGAGACAUCCCUCUUUGGUGCUUUUGCUGGGACUGAGGCUAAAACUGGAGGAGACUCCAUAAGUGGAGUCUCCAGCAGCACUUCUGUUGAGCAGUUAUGGUUCCCCAGAGAGCCACAGCCUCCAGACAGUAGGGUGGAGGGUCGCAGUCACAGGAGAUCAUUUGGAGCCCAGGAGCUGAACAGGAUGCGGUCUCGUAGCGUGUCGCGGCGAUCAGCCCCUUCAAGCAGUGCUGUGGAGGGAAGUCUGUCCAGGAUGAGGAGUCGCAGCGCCCACAGAGAGCAGAACCGCCACAGCUGGGAGCAGCAGAAGCAAAGCAUCAGUCCUGAAGAGGAGGGGAAGGACUCAGAAACACCUGUUCGCGAGACUGACAGUCAGUAUGGGACCUGGGAGACAGGACUGCGCACUGAUGACAGUCUCACUCCAGCCACGCCCAGCUCAGAGAGCAAUCUCAGCCCUUCACCAAGGAAGCCCACUCCCACUGACACGCCAGGGGAGCCCUCCUCACUGUUUGAUACUGACACCGUGGACAGCCUCCUUCCCUCAUCCUCCUCUGAGAAAGAGCCGCUUUCUUUCCCUGAUGCUCCGGUUGCUCUGCUUGACACCAGCGCUCUCCGCUCCAGAGCUCAGCUGGGGAAGAAACGAGCCCCACGGACACGUCCCUCCAGAGCAGCCCUUCAGAGCACUGAGCAGCCUGAGGACUGGCUUUUCAGAGACUCCACAGAACCAAAGGUCGAGGUUAAGGACGAUGACUCAGACUCUGAGGAGCCACCCAAAGGAGCUGACACCGCCUCUGCUGUCUCCUCUCAGCCUCAGAGGGUCGCCCUGUUUCCUGGGAUGGACCCUUCAGCUUUAAAGGCCCAGCUGAAGAAAAGGGGCGACUCUGACAAUCAAACAGAUGGACCUGCUCCCUCUCCUCCCCUGGUCUCCCGCUCUCCCAAGUCCCCUUUCCUCCCCAGGGCAGCACGAGUACUGCCCCCUCCUGGUGGAAAAGAAAAUGGAGAAGAGGAAUCACCCCAGUGGUUAAAAGAGCUGAAGUCCAAGAAACGCUUGAGUCAAUAUGAAAACGAGAGCUAAGUUGCCUUAACAGAUGAAUCUAUGAAACAGAAGCCUUAAUGUCCGACCCACAGAGGAGGAGACGUGGAUCUACAGCUGCUGAUGUAUAUUUUUCUUUUUGAUUUUUUUGUUCUCUUCCCGUCUUGGUGGAUUAAUGUGCAUGGUGCCUUUUUUUAUGGAGAGUCUUUAUCUUAUGGGAAAAAAACAAGCAAGGAGAAAAAAACAUCGAGCUGCUCCGCUUUAUCCAUUUCAUGCUUGAAGCUGUGGAAGCUCUCCUGCACCAGAAGGAACUUCACGUGAACACUUUAAUGGGACCAGCAGAAGCUAGAGUGGGAGAAAAGGCGGCCAUUUCCUGCUAGGAGGCAUUUCAGGAAACACGUGGGACCAUGACGCCUCUUUAUCCUGGACGUGCUUCCUCACAUGCUGGAGAAAAAUCCAGUCAACCCACUACGACAUGUCUGUAUUUUACAUCUGAAGUUGUCUGCGCCGGACGUUUGUGUGUUAUCAGACUGUGGGGGUUGUCGCUGGGAGUCACACAAGCAUUGCCAUAGGAUAACAUUUCAGACACUAAUGAAUUAUUUUUCUUUUUGAACAUAGAGAACAAAUCACUGCUGGCUUGAUCGUCAGUGAGAGUGUAUAUCAUGUUAUAUCUGUAAUCAGGAGAUGUUAUAUUUGUAUUAUCAUUGAUUUAAAUAUGACAGAGAGCUAGUUUUGAAAGGUUUACCUUGAUACACUCCAAAACUUUAGCAGUAUCACAGCUGCUGUGUACACUACAUCCUUUUGUUUAUGUUUCUUUGGUGAAAUGGAACAGGGGCGACUUCAAUCUGUCAAUCAUGCACACUCCUUAUCAGCACAAAAACUCUACACUACAACACUAAUCAAGUUGUCUUUCCUGAUUGUAGCUGAAAGCGUUCAUUAUAAGCCAUACUUUCUCUUGGUAGGCCUCACACUCCUCAAUCAUGUUUUUUUCCCAAUAAAUGUGCAAUCCCUCUCUUUUCUGUCCCUUUUAGUGCAUGCACAAUCUGCAGUCAAACCAGACACUGCUCAAACUGACCGUUUAUACUCCAGAGGAGGGAUGGUUCGUUCACUACAUGGUUAAAAUGACUCUAAUCUCCACAACACUCCUAAACGAUAGAAACAUUUGCACCAGCCUCUCUGUAAUCUUCCUCGUGUUUGCCAUCCUCCUCAUCACUCUGCUCUUCUUUAAAGCACUUUGUAACUUGAAGCACUUCAGCACUGACCUCUGCCCUGUCUCGUCGGCCAUGUCUCGUCUCCUCUAUCGUUGGAGUGCUCAUGCAAUGCAAGUGAAUGUGUUGAUGGAUUGAUUGUCCCUGAUUUAUAUGUACAUGACGUUUUUUCUUUUGUCAUAAAAGUUGAGGGUUUAUUUUUUAUGUCCUUCUUUUGUCCCUUUUUUAUUUGAAAGUAAAGAUGUUUAUUGCACUGUGUUGUACUGGCCAGUGUCCUAAAGCGAAAGAUAAAUUCUUAAUAAAAUUUACUUGACUUGA